GCCACAAUCGUUCUUUCAGCCAUUUUAUUGCUUAGCUUCGGUGUCUGAUUUCGGCGUGGUUUUCAUAAUUUUAGAUUUCUUAUAAAGUAUACGUCAUAAUGUCUCAAGGGAAGCAAGAUAGACAACAGGAUGAAGUAGGGAAAAUGUUUGUUGGCGGGCUUAGUUGGAAGACGACACAGGAAUCGCUGCACAUCUACUUCAGCAAGUAUGGGGAGGUAGUCGACUGUGUCGUUAUGAAAAAUCCGGAGACCGGCAAGUCACGAGGAUUUGGUUUUGUCACAUACAAAGAUCCGAGUUGCUUGGAGACCGUGCUAUCCAUACAACCUCACCUGCUUGAUGAUAAACAGAUUGAUCCGAAAGCGUGCAAUCCACGUGGUUCACAGAAGAAAACUUCACAUGUGACUAAGGGAAAGAAGAUAUUCGUUGGAGGUCUUGCACCGACUGCAAGCGAGAAUGAUCUAAGAGAGUUCUUCUCAAAAUAUGGCAAUGUGACGGAGGUUAGCAUCAUGUAUGACCAACAGAAGCAGCGUUCUAGAGGCUUUGGAUUUGUAUCAUUCGACUCGGAGGAGGCUGUAGAGAACACUGUAGCCGAACACUACAUCAACAUCAAUGGCAAACAGGCUGAGAUCAAACGCGCCGAGCCGCAGAGCGGACGUGGAGACGGUGGCGGUCGUGGCGGUGGCGGAGGCGGCGGCGGCGGCCGGUCCUUCAAUAACAUGGGCACCUGGAACCAGUCCAAUGGCAAUGGUCAGAUGGGCGGCGGCAUGCCCCAGGGCUGGGGUGGAGGACCGCAGGGAGGCGGCUGGGGGCAACAAGGCUUCAUGCCCCAAGGACAAUGGGGCCAGCAACAGUUUGGAGGCCAGUGGGGUCAGGGAUUCCCUCAACAGCAACCCUUCAUGCCGAAUCAAGGAGCUGGCGGUGCGGGUGGAAUGGGGCAGGGCUUUGGCCAGUUCCCACAGCAGAACCCACAGCAGCAGGCUGCCAUGUACUCACAGCAGCCAUCCGGAAACUGGACACAGCCGCAGCAGAUGGUACCACAAGGCCAGAGCAUGCCAGCUCAAAUGCCAUCGCAGAUGGGACAGAUGCCUCCAAAUACAAACUUUGGCAUGGGCAGCUACCCUCAGGAGCAGUCUAGCUACGGCCCUGCGCGGGGGGGCGUUGCUCCGGAUACCAGCAGCAGUGCAAGCGCCACCCCCCAGUCACAGUAUGGAGCUAAUUAUAACUAUGCUCAACCUGGAUUCCAAGGCAACAUGCCCGGAAUGGCAACUCCAGGUGGUGGACCACAGGGUGAUAGUCCCGUUGUCUCCCAAACUCCACCAACACAGGUGUACCAGUCGCCUCAAGGGAUGCCAGCCCAACAGACAACUCCAGCAGGGUACACACGAGACCCACGGGUCUCCCAGAGCAACAGCACCCCAAGCUUCCAUCCCUAUCGGCGACAGUAGAACAAGCAAUGUCGAACAGCUGAGUGUGAAUAGCUCCGUACUGUGAAGGAGAGAUCCCUUCUCCACCUAUGGGAUUAACCUGAGCUAUACAGCAUGGGUUUUCUUGUUGUUGAAAUAAUUUGUUGUGAAUCUUCUUGUAAUGUAACAGGCCCAAAUAGGCCUUCACUAUGAGGUAUCAAAACACACAAUGUCACCAAGUUUAUAUCUUUCAACCAAGAACUAGUUCAAUUCCAAGUGUUUGUCAUUGUGAGAGAAGGAUGAUUUCAGUUUACGGCGUACAACGGUAUGGGCCCAACGGUAUUUUCCAGGGUGGAUUUCUACCUUGCGGAAUUCCUUCCAUUUUUUAAGACAUGUCAUCAUGUCUCUGUGUUUAGUUUUAUGUUUUAUGAUUCACUACUGGUCAAGAUCUGAUGUUGGAGACCAUUGAUAUAGGGGGCGAGAAUGUAAAGGGGGAGGGUUUGCACUGGUAUGUGUGUGUCUUGUGCACGUCGUCUUAUGUGUUUGAUGUUUUAAACUAGUGCAAGGCAAGGUCAUGUUAAUUUGUGAGACAUUGGUGUCAUUUGUAAAUAUGAAAAGUUUUUUUUAUACCAUCAUAAAAUUUAGUUUCACCGGAACCAUAAUCAUUCUAAUUGUGUUGGAAAUCUCCUAACAUCUGCAGAAAAACGUGAAUUCAGUAAUUCAUUUAAUUUUAACCAUACUGCAAAAGUGCAAAAUAUUAUUGCCUAGUGCAUGUAGUGUGUUUUAGAUUUAGGAGUCCAGACACAUAGAUUACACAACUGUUAAUUAUCACUAGAAGAACACCAUGUUAAUGCUGUGUGUUGUGUUCAAUUAAAUGUGAUUCAUUAUAAUUGUCAGCCUCCCUUGUAUGUUGCGUGAAAAAAAAUAAAAGUACGUAAAAUAAGGUA